AUGACAGGAAAGUUUCAAUUUGCCAUUGACCGUGGUGGAACGUUUACUGAUGUCUGGGCUAAAUGUCCUGAUGGACAAGUUGUGGUCACCAAGUUACUAUCAGUUGACCCUGGUAAUUAUCAGGAUGCUCCGCGGGAGGGGAUUAGAAGAAUUCUAGAACAGGCAUUAUUUAAUCAGGCGAAUAUUAGAACAGUAUUUAUUAUGAUACAGACUAAAGGUAUUGGAAUGCCAGCGAAGGAAGCUAUAGAUACUAGCGAUAUAGAAUGGAUUCGAAUGGGGACCACUGUAGCUACCAACUCUCUGUUAGAAAGAAAGGGAGAACGUAUGGCUCUGGCUAUAACUAAAGGUUUCAGAGAUUUAUUACACAUCGGCAAUCAAGCUAGACCGAAUAUCUUCGACUUGGAAAUAAUAACACCAGAAGAGUUGUAUGAAGAUAUAAUAGAAGUCAAUGAAAGAGUUGUUUUAAAACAGGACAGAUGUGAGAUUAAUAAACCUAACGUCAAAACAGUGACUGGUAAAACACAGGAACAGUUAGAGGUAUGGCAGACUGUAGAUGAAGAGUUAUUAAGAAAAGAUUUAAAGACAACAUUAGAAAAGGGAAUAACAAGCUUAGCUGUUGCUUUACUCCAUUCUUAUACAUUUUCUGAUCAUGAAGUUGAAGUAGGAAGAAUAGCGAGAGAAAUGGGAUUUAAACAUGUUUCUUUAUCAUCUGAUAUCAUGCCCAUGAUACGUAUUGUACCUAGAGGUUUUACAGCGUGUGCUGAUGCCUAUCUAACUCCGUGUAUUCACCAGUAUGUUAAAGGAUUCUCUUCUGGUUUUAAAGAUGGUCUAAAGGAUACCAAGGUACUAUUCAUGCAGUCUGAUGGUGGAUUAACACCAGUUGAUAAGUUUAAUGGAUCUAGAGCUAUAUUAUCAGGCCCAGCUGGAGGAGUUGUUGGUUAUGCUCUAACUACCUAUAAUAAUGAAACUAAACAACCAGUAAUAGGCUUUGAUAUGGGAGGAACAUCAACUGAUGUUAGCAGGUAUGAUGGUCAAUAUGAACAUGUAUUUGAAACUACAACAGCUGGAGUUACUAUACAAGCACCUCAGUUAGAUAUUAAUACAGUAGCUGCUGGUGGAGGUUCUAGGUUAUUUUUUAGAUCUGGAAUGUUUGUAGUCGGCCCUGAAUCAGCCUCAGCUCAUCCUGGUCCUGUUUGUUAUAGAAAAGGUGGACCAUUAACAAUAACUGAUGCCAACUUGUGUCUGGGUAGAAUAUUACCUGAAUAUUUCCCAGCUAUAUUCGGUGAGAAUGAAAAUGAACCAUUAGAUAAAGCUGCUUCCUUGAAAGCCUUUCAACAACUCAUAUUGGAGGUGAAUGAAUUUCUGUCCGGCCAACCAGAAUCUAGUUCACAAAGGUCAAUGACAUUAGAAGAGGUUGCUAUGGGGUUUAUUGAGGUUGCUAAUGAAACAAUGUGUCGUCCAAUCAGAGCUCUUACUCAGGCUAAAGGUUAUGAUACCAGUCGUCAUGUUCUGGCAUGUUUUGGAGGAGCUGGUGGACAACAUGCGUGUGCUAUAGCUCGAUCACUGGGCAUGUCACAAGUCUUUGUUCACAGAUAUGCAGGUAUCUUGUCGGCGUAUGGAAUGGCGCUAGCUGAUGUCGUGCAUGAAACUCAGGAACCGUGUUCUAAAACAUAUCAACAAGCUGAGUAUAAUUUUAUUGACAGUAGAAUUGGUGAAUUAGAUAAGAGAUGUAGAGAGGAACUGAUAACUCAGGGUUUUAGUGAAAACACAAUUCAAACAGAAAUAUUUCUACAUCUUCGAUACGACCGAACAGAUUGUGCUCUGAUGGUCAAUGCUGACAGUUUUCCACCCUCGUCUAAAACUUCACGAUAUGGUGAUUUUAGAUCUGCUUUCUUACAAAGAUAUAAAACAGAGUUUGGGUUUAUAAUAGAAGACCGGAAGAUAAUGGUGGAUGAUAUCAGAGUAAGAGGGGUGGGGAAAUCAUCAGCUGCCUCCAAUAUUAACAUUCCUUCUAGCUCCGAGACACCCAGCCCAGAAAAGAUAGUAAAAUGUACUAUACUAAUAGAACCAACUUGUAUAGCCACCAUUACUUCUACUGGUGAUAUUAUUAUUAAGGUAAGGUUCCUUGGUUUAUUUACUGUUACUACUACUGGUGAUAUUAAUAUUAAGGUAAGGUUCCUUGGUUUAUUUACCAUUACUUCUACUGGUGAUAUUAAUAUUAAGGUAAGGUUCCUUGGUUUAUUUACUGUUACUACUACUGGUGAUAUUAAUAUUAAGGUAAGGUUCCUUGGUUUAUUUACUGUUACUACUACUGGUGAUAUUCAUAUUAAGGUAAGGUUCCUUGGUUUAUUUACUGUUACUACUACUGGUGAUAUUAUUAUUAAGGUAAGGUUCCUUGGUUUAUUUACUGUUACUUCUACUGGUGAUAUUAAUAUUAAGAUUGGUAGUGGUACAGUGAAAACAGUAGGAGAAGAAUUAGAUGCUAUACAACUAUCAAUAUUCUCUCAUAGAUUUAUGAGUAUUGCUGAACAGAUGGGCAGAGUGUUACAGAGGACAGCUAUCUCUACUAAUAUCAAGGAAAGAUUGGAUUUUUCCUGUGCGUUAUUUGGAGAUGACGGGGGUCUGGUUGCCAACGCUCCCCAUAUUCCAGUUCAUCUUGGUGCCAUGCAGGAAACAGUACAAUAUCAGGUCAGUGGCUUGAAAUAUUUGUUCUGA